AUCACAGAGCUUACAUGUACAUGUAUUGUAAUACAGUACCAUACAUGUAAAUGUUACAUGUUGUAAGAAAUUUGAACUGUGAAUUGGUCUCAGAAAAUUUGAUGAAAUUUUAAUCAUCCAGAUAUACAACGAUUAAUGUAUCAGUGACACUUAUUUUAUUUUUAAAAACUAAAUCCUAUACAUUGAAAAAAUUAAUUUUGGUUCUUAUAAAUAUUCUAUCACAAAUAUCUCACUGACAAAAACCGACAUAUAGAUGCCAUUCAUUUCUGAACAUGGGAGUGUUUUUGUACAUGUACAGACGAAAAACAUCUGUGAUUAUUUUGUUUCUCUUUACAUUUGUAUUGUGUAUGUGCGUUGUACCGUGGCUGUAUUUGGAUUUUCGUACCCAGCCGGUCAAGACAAAUAGCACAUUAAAGGGUGUGAUGACAGGACAUCAUCACAACAUUUCAGAUGAUGAUUCCAUAGUUUUAGAAACAUGUAAAAAAGAGAGACGCAACUUUGUGUUCAUCAAGUGCAUGAAGUGCGCUACAGAAAGUCUGGGAACUAUGUUCAGAAAGUUUGGUUAUGAUCGCAAUCUUUCAUUUGUUUUGCCUAUAAAAAAGAACCUGUGGCUUGGCUGGCCAUAUCCAUUGUCGAAGGCAAAUUUCCGACCGUCUGUCCGUGGAUAUAACAUCCUGAUGGAACAUUCUAUUUACAAUAAGUCAUUUCUCCAGGAGAUUAUGCCACAGAACUCUGUGUACAUCUCAAGCAUACGCAAACCUUUCCAGCAUUUUCUUUCAGUCUGCCAGUACUUCGAAUUGCCUUAUUACAGCAACAAGGUGACAUUCGCCGAGAAAAUAAAGGAUUAUCUGGAGAAUUUUGAACAUUAUGAGACUAUCUACAAGAGUUAUGAAUUGGCGUCAGUAAGGAGGUGGUGUCCAGGAGAUGAAUUCUCAAUGACACAGAACCUGUUGUCUCACUGUCUUGGCAUGCCUCUAGGAUUCCCUCCCGGAAGAAGAGACAUUUCGCAAGACUUGGCAUCUGCUAAAGAGUACAUCAGAUUCUUAGACAGAAAUUUUAUGCUGAUUAUGAUUGUGGAGUAUCUUCAUGAAUCGCUUGUGUUGCUGAGAAGACUCAUGUGCUGGUCUCUGAAGGACAUCAUAUACAAUCGUGUCAAUAAAGGUGUCUAUGACAAGAAGUCUCCAGUGACCAAGGAGAACAUCAACCUUCACAAAAACAUCAGCAGGAUUGAUUAUUUGCUCUACGACUACUUCAAUGCUACAUUCUGGAACAAGGUGGGACUCCAAGGGAAAGAUUUCUUUGAUGAAGUUGCCAUGUUUACCAGAAUUAUAAAUGAUGUUACUGCAUUUUGUCGUCUGUCCUCUGAUCAUAGUGAUUCUUCUAUUGCCUUCCCCGAAUCGAAGUGGAGUACUGAUUUCACUGUGUCCAGACAAGAGUGUGAGCUGCAGAGCAAGUAUCUGCCGAUUUUGUUAAAAGAGAGAUAUGACGAGCAGGAAGGGCAUUUACAUCCACCCAUUGAUGAAACAAAAGUGGUUCUGAGGCAUUGUUGAUCAUACAUAAUCCUUUCUUGAAUAUCUAGCCCUGUGUUAAUAUUUUUUAGAUACUUCAGUAUUGGUAAUCAUUACCAAAGACCAUGUGUUCAGGUAUUUCCAUAAGUGUUUCUAAAUUUGUCAUCGGGCAGGCAUGGUAUAUCUAAGAUGUAUCUUGUCCAUACUUGGGCACUGCCUGAUAGGAUCCUAAAAUAUAUCCAUUUUAUACUCAAAUAAUAUACCAAAACUCUGCCUUAUUAAUAAGACUAUAUACAGGAUCCUCAAAUAUUAAGUUAAUUUUCUUUUAAUAUUAAAAGGGCUGAAGGACUGUCCUGAGUUUGCAGCAAUUGUAAGACGUUUGUGAUAACAUUGCCUCAUUGGCGACUACUCUUUUUUUCCCCAUUUAAUUCGUGAUAUAUAUUUUUUCGUACAUACAAAGUUAUUAGGAGGUAAAAUCCAGUUUGGACUAUACAAGCAUUAGGACAAUAACAAACACCUUGUAAAUACAGAUACUGAUAUUUUAAAUAAGAAAAUGUAUUUAAUUAUUUACGUCAUUAAAAAACUAUUGGUUGGAAACAUUUUACAAUGGUUGUAUACUCGGGACUUGUCCUUUAAUAAUUAAGUUGCUUUAUAAUUAGUGGUUACAAAAGUAUCAAUUGAAAUAUAUACAUGUACAUUGAAACUGAAUUUGUAGAAACUUGCAAAUAUAUGUACAGGCUUGUACAUGUAUAUAGUUAUCAUGCAGCUUAAAA